UAGAGCCCCCUUUAGUCUUAAUUCGCCAUAGUCUACAGUCAUUUUCAAUUGAAAUUAAAUAUUUAUAUGAAUAUUAUGGUUGAUUUGUAUUUUAGGUUGCUCCCAAGGGGAAAGCAGAAUGGAAAAUAUGGAAACACUAACUGAACAUUCAUCUCACGAAGAAAAUUACAUGAGUCAACACGUUGAAGGAAAAAACAUUAAAUCAAAUUAUGAAAGUUAAGACUGGACAAAGACCAUACAAGUGUGAAAUUUGUUUUAAGCCGUUUUCUUCGUCCAGUGCUUUGAAACAACAUAUGAGAUUGCACACUGGAGAAAGAUCAUACAAGUGUGAAGUUUGUUUUAAGAAUUUUAGCAAAAGGAGUAAUUUAAAACAGCAUAUGAGAUUGCACACUGGAGAAAAACCUUAUAAGUGUGAAAUGUGUUUUAAGCAAUUUAAUCAAAAAGGUAUUUUAAAGGUGCAUAUUAUGAGAGUGCACACUGGAGAAAAAGUUUACCAGUGUGAAAUUUAUUUGAAAAAGUUUAGCGAAGCGGGUACUUUAAAAGUACAUUUGAGAGUGCACACUGGGGAAAAACCAUACAAGUGUGAUAUUUGUUUUAAGCAGUUUAGUAAAGCUACUAGCUUAAAAAUCCAUUUUAGAGUGCAUACUGGAGAAAAACCUUAUAAGUGUGAAAUGUGUUUUAAGCAAUUUAAUCAAAAAGGUAAUUUAAAGGUGCAUAUCGUCCACUUACUAACAAACAAACGUAUCUCGAUUUUAUUGAUUUUGGGAAAACACUGAUAAACACCCAUUACUUUCGUUUUACGAGAGAUAUUACUGUUAAUUUCAAAAAUUCAUAAAUUAUUAUUCUACAUAAUUUUUUAUAC